UCUUAUUAGUAAAUGGUCUAGACGGAGAUGUUCCGAGUCCAAUUAGAAGAAAGGAGAGAGCUCUGGGAGUUGCCCUCUACAUGCAUACAUUUGUCUGUUGCUUUUCUAUUUCUUUCUUCUUGUUAUUAUAUUGUUCUUGUGGUUCCUGCUUUCUUGUUCUUCGAGUUCCAACCAACAAGGGUCGGAGAGAUGUAUGCGGAGCAAGGGUUGCUGCUGCCUUACAUGUUGGGCUUUCCACAAGAAGUAUCAGGAGUUGAUCACCAUCUCCUUCCAUUUACAGCUUGUGAAGACUUGGUCUCCACAGACCUCCCUAAUUUUGAUCCCUACAUGGGUAACCUGGUUCAGACUUCUGCUAUCUCAGAGUAUGAUCUGGGAGGAGUUGGAGAUCUGUUCAAAGCACCAGAACCCAUUCUAGAGGAAUUGUUACUUGCAUUAGAUCCAAUAACUGAUGCCAUGUCAGUGAUGUCUGGUUAUGGAAGCACUAUAACAGAAGAAACAAUAAAAAUUGCAGAUAUGGAAUCAAUCCAAAAUGAAGAUUUUCUGGGUGAUGCCUUCUAUGACUGCCAAAAGGAUCUUUUUGCUAAGUCUGCUGCAGGUGUACUUCCUGAGGCAUUAGAUAUUGCAGUUGCUGCAGUGCAGACUGAAGAAAAUUUAGCUGGAGAAAGGUCCUCUGCUGAGGGAUCUUUACCGAAGAGUAUCAGUUUCGGAUGUCUAAGCUCAGUGGAUUGUUUUAACAUUUCCAGUGUUGAAUCAUCUUUUCUUGGUGUUAAUGACAUGAAUCUUGAUGCUGCAUUUGGGAUGAGGAGAGUAUACAGUGAAGGAGAUAUACAGAUUCUUGGAAUUGAUAAUUUAGUUCAUGGUAACAUGAACAUUGUUCCUUCCUCUAAUCUAGCAACCAUUGUGGAUGUCAAGAUUGAGGUUAAGAUUGAAGAAAGAAGGGAAAAACUUUCCAGGUACAGGACGAAAAGGAAGAAAAGAAACUAUGGCAGAAAGAUCAAGUAUGCUUGCAGAAAGGCAUUAGCUGACAGCCAGCCUCGUAUACGAGGAAGGUUCGCGAGAAUGGAGGACAGAUACGCAAAAACCGAGUAGUACGAAGUUGCAAACUAGAGUUGUGAAUUAUAGGUUAAGUGUAUAACUAGCUUGCAGCUAGUACUGCUUUCUAAUCACCCCUGUAGAUAAUGUAUGCUUUCCCAGUAUUAUGGUCUAAUGUUGUUUAUGGACUAUGAGUUACAUAGAAUAAACCUAUAGUUAUUGGCAUCUCUUGGUGUACUGUUAGUCUGUGUUAAUUAACAUUUAUAAGUAGAUCUGA